AUGGUAGAAAAUUCAUCUUGCGUUCUGUUUGUUUUGGUUCAAGUUCAAAGCUUCCUUCUGACUAAUGCCCGAAUCGUUGACUACCCGAUAGUCUAUUGCAAUGAGGGUUUUGCAAAGAUGACCGGAUACAGUCGGGUGGAUAUCAUGCAGAAAAGUGGCAGCUGCGCCUACCUCUACGGGGAGCAGACCACGCAAGAAAUGAAGGAUCGUUUGAUGCAGGCCUUGGACAACCAAGAGAGGGAGCAAUUGGAGAUUUUGCUCUACAAGAAAAAUCGCACGCCUCUCUGGUUGAUGAUCUACAUAGCCCCGGUUGUGAAUGAGAGGGCCGAAACGGUCCUUAUGUUACUCACUUUCAGGGACAUCACUGCGCUCAAAACUCCAAUUGACGACGAUGAGUCCAAUAAAGCUGGCCUGAACAAAUUCGCCAGGCUGGCACGCUCAGUUACACGCAAUCGAACAAUGCUUCAGCAGAUGACGAGUGCGACCCCCACGCCCCAACCGAACGCCAUUUCCUCCCCCGACUGGAAUAUGCUCAGCCCCGACGUGGCCGAGGGGAAGCAGCGGACCACCCCUUCGCCCCAGACACCCUCCCCACAACCCCCUCACGCCGGUGACGAACAGGGACUCCUUGCGUCGACACCCAAAACUCAAACCGACCUGGAAAAAGGAGCUGCCACAUUCGCGUCAUGGAUGGAUGUGGUUCCCCCCUAUAAGCAGGAGGCGCCAAAGACCCCGCCUCACGUGAUCCUUCACUACGUGGCCUUCAAGACGGCCUGGGACUGGAUGAUUCUUUUCCUGACCGGUUACACCGCUGUGAUGGUGCCCUUCAACGCGGCCUUCCGAAGCAAGACCAUCGACGACGUCAUCUUCCUAGUCAUCGAUAGUAUCGUAGACGUCAUCUUCUUCAUCGACAUUGUGCUGAACUUCCAUACAACUUUCGUAGGACCUCAGGGAGAAGUGAUAUCUGAUGCUACGGUUAUUAGAAUUAACUACCUCAAGGGAUGGUUCAUCGUCGACUUGCUCUCAUGCCUUCCCUAUGACGUAUUUAACGCAUUUCAGCCGGAAGCCACGCAGAACAUCUCGGUGUCCAGGUCAAUGACUUACAUCACAGCCCUCUACUACACCCUCUCGCUUAUUACCAGUAUUGGGUUCGGGAAUGUUUCCGCAAAUACAUUUGGAGAGAAGAUUGUUUCUGUUAUUUUUAUGCUUAUUGGCGCCUUUUGCUAUGCCACUAUUUUCGGUCAGAUCACGACAAUAUUUCAGGGAAUGUAUGCUGCUCGCUCACGGUACCACGAUAUGAUGGGUUCAGUGAAGGAUUUCGUCAAGACCCACAACGUCCCCCAGGACUUAGCCGAACGCGUCAUCGAUUACGUCACAUCCACCUGGGCCAUCACAAAAGGCAUAGACACCGCGAAGUUCCAGUUCAACAUGCUGAUAUAA